CUACCGUUCAAUUAUUACAUACGUGAAAUCGAUGGCGGUUCAAAAGAACGCUUAUGGGGAUUUCAUUACAAUUUUAUACCAAGGGUUUAGAACCACCCUGUAAAUGCAAAGUGACAUUCGGUGACAUUUACCAGUUGUGUCUGUUUUUAAUAAAUGAAAGGAAUGAUAAAAUUUAAAAACCAAUGUUUUUCAUUCAAAAUUUAGUGCUAAAUUGUAAAAAUCAUGAAGACUAUAAAAACUUUGUUAAAAAUGGUUUAUUUUAUUAGCUAAAUAAGUUGAAAAAUUCAUUAAAAACCGAACACCAACUGAAUUUUCGAGUUAAAUAUGUCUGGUGUAUUUGGAUAUAGUCGAGAGGCUGUAAGGGUAAAAGUUAAGAAAUGUGAGGCCAACCAGCCACCAGAACUGAGAAAAUUUAGUGUAGAUCCCCAAAUCACCUCAUUUGAAGUACUGCAAAGCAUUUUGGCCAAAGCAUUUGAUCUCAAAGGGGACUUCACAGUAUGUUUUCGAAUUUACGAUAUAAAUGGUUAUGAAACUUAUAUGCCUAUUCUGUCUGAUUGGGACCUAGAUGCCGCAUUUUUAAAAGCUCAUAACGUCUCUGUUGCAACCAAUACUGAACCAUGUUUAUCGUUAAGAGUAGAUUUGAAACCAUUCGAGGAAAGUUCAGACGAUUGGGAUAUCAAGCAGAAUUUGCCUAUUAUUACGCAAAUCCGUACUGCCACUAGUCAAGAGGCUAAGCCCGCUCCUAGGCUGCACGGGAUAUUUAAUCAGGUGGGAAAAACGCUAAAUUUGGUACAGAGGGCUUUCAAUUUCGGCGAAGAGGGAAAUACGACUUUGCAGCCCCCAAGACAACCUCUAUCGGAUGCGGAAUUUAGAAGAUUCUUAGAUCCCGUCGGGCAGAUAGUGUUCGCCAAAGAAUUGAGAUCUGUCAUUUAUUUUGGCGGAAUUGAUCCUAGUCUAAGAAAAGUCGUUUGGAAGCAUUUACUGAACGUUUACCCGGAUGGCAUGACUGGCAAAGAACGAAUGGACUACAUCAAAAAAAAAGCAGCCGAAUACGUGACUUUGAGAGAAUCUUGGAAGACUGCAAUCGCUCAAGGUCAAGUUGUGGGCGAAUUGGCCUACACCACGAGCAUGGUAAGGAAGGAUGUCUUGAGGACCGACAGGCAUCAUCCUUUUUACGCCGGUAGCGACGAUAAUCAAAAUAUCGCUUCAUUGUUCAAUAUACUCACCACGUACGCUCUAAACCAUCCGAAGGUGAGCUACUGUCAAGGCAUGAGCGAUCUGGCAUCGCCGCUUUUAGUGACGAUGAAUGACGAGGCGCACGCGUACAUCUGUUUCUGCGCGCUGAUGCAAAGGCUGUGCACCAAUUUCAUGAUAGAUGGUAUCGCAAUGACCCAGAAGUUUACUCAUUUGGCCGAAGGAAUCUUGUAUUACGAUCCCGAAUUCUAUAAUUAUCUGAAAGUUCAUCAGGCAGACGACCUACUAUUCUGCUACCGUUGGCUCCUACUUGAAAUGAAACGCGAAUUCGCAUUUGAAGACUCCUUACGCAUGCUCGAAGUCCUCUGGAGCUCAUUACCGGCCGAAUAUCCGGACAAAGAACUGAAACUUUUCGACACACUAUUCCAAGCCCCCACCAUAUCAACUCCGCCGAUAAGCCCCUUGGUCAAAACGCCCAGAGAGAACGCUUACACGAAAAUUGUCGCUCUCAGGAGGCAAAGCUCCUCGAUGUCGUUGAAUAAUUGCAACAUAACGAAGAAGAAUAGUCAAGUGAAGCGACAGAAUCACAGUCUAGACGAAAGCGUUAGUAGGAAUAAAGCUCUGCCUGUCGUGAAGACGAAAUAUCAAAGCCUGGACGACGCCGUGUUGCAGAAAGUAGGAGAUACGAGUCCGAAAUCGCCUAAAAACGGGGAAUUCUUCUCCAAAAACGGAACCAUAUCGCCCCAAAACGGGGAAAUUUCGCCGAAAAACAUGGAUUUCUCACCCAAAACCUCGAAGUCCUCACCGAAAAAUUCAGAUCACUCGAAUUCUUUACGAUCUGAAUUAAGGCCUCGCUCGAUAUCGCCGCUAGAACAGAAAUCUGACUCCGUAGUUUUGAAUAAUCGCAUCAAUUCGCAUCAGAUGUUGAACAGGAAGAGCGCCAGUCUCUCGUCGAGCAUGACGAAUCUGAUCAGAAACUCAAAAAAAUCGGGACAUUUUAAGGAUUUGAAGGAGAAGUUGUUUUCGUCGUUGGAUCGAUUGGACGGGUCGCAUUCCAUAAAAGAGGAAGAUGAAAAUCGUCCGCAUCAUCAGGCGCGUCUCGUAAAGAACCUGAACGAAUUCCUAACUCUGGGCGGAAUCGCCAAAAGUGAUGAGUGUGGUAAACCAAAAAUAACAUUAACCAAAUCCAGUCUCGAUGACUCCGAGAAUUCGAGUUUAUCCCGCCAUUUUUCCUCGACCUCAAACAGCGGCGAUGACACCAGCCCUGACGAUUCCCAAGACUACUUCCCGCUCACCACUUCCGUCACCAGCAAACUCCACCUCGAAUUAGAAAACUUGGACCGCAAAGUUUUUGGUGAUAAAUUCGUGGACGGGUUAUCAGACUCCCCUAGCGACAGCACCGUGACCAAAGAAUUAGAAGUGAAAGAUAUAGAAAAGGAUAAAAGAAAAAGCGACGAUGUUUAUGUGUGGGAAAAUCCUUUACUUCAGAAAUGUCCUAGCGCUGCGAAAAUAGCACCUCACACUCCAGACGAGCAAGCAGAAAUCGAUUACGAUUCACCGGAGCCUACCAAUCUCGCUAUAGAUUCAAAACCCGCUGCCGAUGAGCUUCCUACGAACCACGUGGACUUAAAUCCGGCCUCUGUGGAGGCCACUUCGAACGGUUCGGUCCCGACGAUGACCAAUUCGUGCGAAGAAGUGACUGAGAGCGUUAAAGGGUGUUCUUUGCUGCCGCCGCCUGGCGAAUUCGGGGGCGGCAAUCCGUUUUUAAUGUUCCUGUGCAUUACAUUGCUCAUGCAGCAUCGCGAACAUAUCAUUUCCAAAGCGAUGGACUACAAUGAGAUGGCCAUGCAUUUCGACAAAAUGGUGCGCAAGCACAACGUGACUAGGGUGUUGAAUCAGGCCAGACAGAUGUACGCGAGGUACAUGAAGCAACACAGUAUGGCUCAGCAGAGGUUGAAGGCGAAGAGUAAUGAAGAGUGUUAAGGUUUUGUUUUGCCUGGGAUAUACAUAUAUAGGUGGAAACCACUUAUGGAAUAUAAUUUUGGGCCUUACAGAACAUUAUAAAAACCAUUGGGACACGUCAACUUUUGAAUUUAAUUGUACGUUCUCCGAAUGAAGAUGUAAAUAUUCAUGGUGAUUAACAUAAGUAGUGCUGUCAGUACUAUUUUUUUUUUAUUGGAACCCCCCUCUUUUUAUAUUUUUUAAAGCUCCUUAAUAAACUGACUUCAACGAAUUAAAACAUUUAUGGUCUAUAUGAAUAAUACAGAGUGAAAUUUGAAAAUUAUUUAUCAUUGUGUAAAGAGAAUUUUCUUCUUCUGGACAAAAAAAUGUUUCUAUAACCUUGAUCUAUGAAUGUACCAUGUUUUAUUUAUUUUUGAAAUUCGUCCAAAUCCGUUGAUACUCUAGAUCAGAGAUUCCCAAACUAUUUUGGGCAAGAGACCCCUUUUCCAAAUUGAACUGAUAUCUCAGACCCCCAUAGCCAAAUUACUUUAAAAAUUCUACCUCUUGUUUUUUCCUAUUAAUAGAAAAUACCAAUUUAAAAACUUUGCGGUUCGUUGAGUAAACUUGACAUCAUUUUCUUUAUCAAAAUUUAACAAAAUAAAUAGACAUACAAUUCAGUAAAUAUUAAGUGUAAUUACACAAUAGAUCUUUUAGGUCGCAGUUUAUUAAAACACCAUUCAGGUGUAAUUAAUAAUUAUUAAUACAAAUUACGUAAAAAUAUUUAAAAAGGUAAUUAUUUAAAAAAAAAACAUUAAAAUCGCAAAGUAAAGAUAAAAAAAAUAAAAAAUUCAGUGUGAUAGAUGAAUAUGGAGACUUUCUACCAAUCUAGCUAAGUUUGGUUCAAUAUUGGUGAGUUUCAACCUUAAAUCUUCGCGUUAGUUGAUUUUCAAAUGGUUUCUUUGUUUUGUCAAAAUGUUUAUAACCAAACUGAAGCAUUUUUCGACUAGGUAUGAUGAUGGAAAAGCGAUAAGGUAUUUUCAGCAAUGUUCCACAAUACAGGAUACUGUGUUUCAAUGUUGCACUGCAACCAGAACUUCUGAUAUCCUUGGUUGAACUCCUGCUUAAGCUCCUCGUCUGUGCUGAUGGUGAU